AUGCCAGCACACGCACCCGCGCAAGCGGUGGUUAUUGGUGCAAGUAAUAAGCCGCGGAUGACGGUGAAGGAAAUCAGGACAAGGACCGGUUGCCUUACAUGUCGGCAGCGCCGCAUUAAAUGCGACGAAAGAAAACCGACCUGUCACCGCUGCUUCAUCGGUCGCCGCGAAUGUUCUGGCUUGGGCUAUGGUUUGCCGAGAGGAAACUUGGUCCCUCCACGACAGCAAGCACCCACUGUCAAGCGUAGCAUGUUUCCUGGAGUCAACACUGCCAAAGCCGGCCGUGUGCACAAGGAGCCCGUGCCUCCUGAUUGGCCUCUCAUGCAAGCUGUCAAAUACUACAAUAUCAAGAUGCAGCAAACACUAGAUCCUGCGGUCCCACGCCAUGACGUGGCAUAUUACUUCAAUUUCUCACGGAUAAUACCUGACGUGUAUAUAUGUUCUAUCGUUUCAUUCUACCUGGUUGCUUGUUUCAAGGUUCGCGGGCAGAUCCUGAAGCCAGGCGAAGAACCUAGUCUAGGCGGUACCUGGUCAAGGUACUAUGAGUAUCUAGGCAAGACCUUGGGUAUUGUUAACGACUGCAUUCGUGGGGUGGGACCGUGGUCACGCCGCAUCGGCGGCUUUGGCCCUAUUCUUAACAUGUUUGAUAGCGAUUUUGUACUCAACGGAUCGACAUGGCCGGCGCACGCCAAUGGUGCCUUCGCCUAUAUUGAUAGCGUAGGCGGCAUGCAUGCGCUAUUACGUGAAAAUUUCCAGCUUAAAGGAUAUCGCGCGAUUGCGUUGCUGAUGUAA